AACCCAUUUUCACCAAAUUAACAUUGAAAACAUAUCUAUGAAUAAGGAAAUAAAACGUUGACAUAAUCCUAAAACAUUAAACUAUUGUCUCUUCCAUAAACAUUCUUCUAAUUCCAUUAUCCUUCUUUCAUUAGUGGCAACGCCACCCAUAAGUGAGCCAACCGCAAUAACGUCCAAAACAGAACACUCCACCCCCAACACCUUGUUCCAACUUCGAAUCUUUUUCACAACCUUAUUACCAUCUUCUUCUCCGUUUAAUUCUCAACAUACCCUCUUCUUCAAUUCUAAUUCUUUCUCUUAAACUUCAACUGGGCUGUCUUCAAAUUGGGACUUUAUUGAAUUAAGCUCUGAAAGUUUUUAACUUUUUGUGCUAUGGCUUCUUCAAUUCUUCUCCCGGCCAAUUCGGUUGUCGGGACCAGAAGAUGGACUCCUGGGUUCCUGCUCUCCGGUGCCUCCAGGUCGGUGGGGAGGACUCAGAGAUUGGUUUGUGUUAGGUCUGCUUUGGAUUCUUUGGAAACUAAAGUUUCUGAUAUGAGUGUCAAUGCUCCAAAGGGGUUGUUUCCACCAGAACCGGAGCAUUAUAGAGGGCCAAAACUAAAAGUGGCUAUUAUCGGAGCUGGUCUUGCCGGGAUGUCAACUGCAGUGGAACUAUUGGAUCAAGGUCAUGAGGUGGAUAUUUAUGAGUCAAGGACUUUCAUUGGUGGUAAAGUGGGUUCAUUUGUUGAUAGACAGGGUAAUCACAUCGAAAUGGGACUUCAUGUCUUCUUUGGUUGCUAUAAUAAUCUUUUCCGGUUGUUGAAGAAGGUGGGCGCAGAUAAGAAUCUACUUGUGAAGGAGCACACUCACACAUUUGUAAACAAGGGGGGUGAAAUUGGCGAGCUCGAUUUUCGUUUUCCAGUAGGAGCUCCAUUGCAUGGGAUCCAAGCUUUUCUAACUACAAAUCAGCUUAAGAUAUAUGAUAAAGCAAGAAAUGCUUUGGCGCUUGCGUUAAGUCCAGUUGUCAAGGCCCUUGUUGAUCCAGAUGGAGCAUUGAAGGACAUACGGGAUUUAGAUAGUAUUAGCUUCUCCGACUGGUUUCUGUCUAAAGGUGGUACACGCACUAGUAUUCAAAGAAUGUGGGAUCCUGUCGCGUAUGCCCUUGGGUUUAUUGACUGUGAUAACAUCAGUGCUCGUUGUAUGCUCACUAUAUUCUCCUUGUUUGCCACCAAGACAGAAGCAUCUUUACUACGCAUGCUCAAGGGUUCUCCAGAUGUAUAUCUGAGCGGUCCCAUUAGAAAGUAUAUCGAAGAUAAAGGAGGCAGGUUUCAUUUAAGGUGGGGAUGCAGGGAGAUACUUUAUGACGAGUCUGCCGACGGAGAAAUAUAUGUCACAGGUCUUGCCAUGUCAAAGUCCACUAACAAAAAAGUUGUGAAAGCCGAUGCAUAUGUUGCAGCAUGUGACGUCCCUGGAAUUAAAAGAUUACUUCCAUCCAAGUGGAGGGAAUCAAAAUUCUUUGAUAAUAUUUAUGAGUUAGUUGGAGUACCCGUUGUAACUGUGCAACUUAGAUAUAACGGAUGGGUCACUGAAUUACGAGAUCUAGAACGAUCUAGGCAAUCAAAGAAAGCAGUGGGUUUAGAUAACCUUCUAUACACUCCAGAUGCCGAUUUUUCUUGUUUUGCGGACUUGGCGCUCGCUUCUCCUGAAGAUUACUACAUUGAAGGACAAGGUUCAUUGCUCCAGUGUGUUCUUACACCGGGUGAUCCGUACAUGCCCUUGGUAAACGAGGAAAUCAUAAAGAGAGUGACAAAGCAGGUUUUGACUUUAUUUCCAUCAUCACAAGGCUUAGAGGUUACAUGGUCAUCUGUUGUAAAAAUCGGGCAGUCUCUAUAUCGAGAAGGACCUGGCAAGGAUCCAUUUAGACCUGAUCAAAAGACGCCUGUGACGAACUUCUUCCUUUCUGGCUCUUAUACGAAACAGGAUUACAUAGACAGCAUGGAAGGAGCAACUUUAUCAGGAAGACAGACAUCAGCAUAUAUAUGUGAAGCUGGUGAGGAGUUAGUAGCAUUGAAGAAGAAACAGCAGCUUGGUGCCACUGAAACUCCAGAAAAUGCACAAUCUGCUGCACUCUCCGAUGAGUUGAGUCUUGUAUGAUAAGCGCGGUAAUGGUGAUAUUUCACAUCUCCUCAUUGAUGUUCUUCAAAUGAAAUUCUAUAAUCAAUAUAUGAAAGGUUAGUUAAGUUUA